UUCUAUAGCAAUAACAACAUCGUCAAUUAAUUCAAGACUUGAAUUUUAGAUUAAAUAAGGAGGAAGAAUAAUUCAAUACAAACUUAAGGCUAAACAAGAUGUCGGACGACAAAUCUAUCUCCAUGGAUAUAAAAGAUGCCCCGUCUACAUUAUUAGAAUCAGAAUCGGAAACAUCAAGUCCCCAGGACCGACCGGUAUGGAAUCGGAAAAUAGAAUACCUUCUGUCCUUGUUUGGUUACAGCGUGGGGCUUGGUAAUAUCUGGAGAUUUCCCUAUCUCUGUAUGAGAAACGGAGGAGGCGCCUUUUUGAUUCCUUUCUUUGUCCUGCUGUUCUCAUGUGGAGUUCCUCUUUACUUCUUAGAAGUUUCCUUGGGACAAUUUACGGGAAAGAGCCCAGUGAUAGUAUGGUCCAUAUCUCCCUUAUUUAAAGGACUUGGUUGGCUGAUGAUGACGAUCUCCUUUGUAGUGGCCUGGUACUACAACACAGUCAUUGCUUGGGUUAUCUAUUACUUUGUCCAUUCAUUCUAUCCAAAGAUUCCAUGGGCAACGUGUGAUAACUGGUGGAACACAGAUCAGUGUAUUGUCAGUCAGAAGGAGAGACCUGUCCUAAAUGAAUCUUUUGUGUUGAUGAACCAAUCUAUAGCAGCAACGGUGUUUAAUCAAAGCACCACCCUCUACUCUUAUAAUGCUUCUCAUCAUAAUUCAACACACAACUCCGCAGCAUUUGAAUUUUGGCAGUAUAAUGUUCUGAGACGUUCGGAUGGAAUAGAACAUCCGGGUUCUAUUCAAUGGCAUCUAGUUUUGGUUUUACUUGCUUCUUGGAUACUAACAUUUGGAUGCCUAAUCAAAGGCAUACAUUCAGUGGGAAAGGUCGUGUAUGUGACCGUCACAUUUCCGUACAUAUUGUUAACAAUACUCCUCAUUCGCGGUCUAACACUUGAUGGUGCUUUGAAUGGGAUACUUUUCUACCUUAAACCAGACUUUACAAAAGUUUUGAAUUUCCAGGUAUGGGUUGAAGCAGGAAUGCAGGUUUUCUUUUCCCUUGGGCCGGCUUGGGGAGGACUCAUUACAAUGUCAAGUUACAACAAGUUUAACAACAAAUGCAUGAAGGACGCUUGGUAUGGUACUUUAGCAGAUGGUCUGACAAGUUUCUAUGCCGGUUUUGUCGUAUUUUCUAUCUUAGGAUUUAUGGCAAAUGACGUUGGUUUGACAAUGGAAGAAAUUUCAAAAUCAGCUUCAGGACCAGGACUGGUAUUUGUGGCGUACCCAGAAGCUAUUAUCAAACUCCCCAUGCCCCACAUGUGGGGGGUCCUGUUCUUCCUCAUGUUGAUCACUGUGGGAAUGGACAGCCAGUUUGGAAUGUUUGAGACUGUUUCGAGCGGCCUUGCAGACAAGUUUCCUAAACAGCUGAAUUCACGAAAAGUGCAGACUACAGCCACAUUGUGUGUCGUUCUCUUCUUGUUAGGGCUUCCUUUCACUACUAACGGAGGAAUAUACAUCUUCCAGUUGGUAGAUUGGUAUGCCUCCACGUUUUGUAUAAUGUUUGGAUCCUUCCUGGAGUGUGUCGUGAUAUCCUGGAUCUACGGCGCCGAGCGUUUCAAUCGUGACAUAGAGCUCAUGAUAGGAAGACGUAUCCCCCUCGUCAUGAGGAUUAGUUGGUGCAUAGUUACCCCGUUAUUUAUGAUGGUGCUGUUUUUGACAUCAGUAAUGAUGUACUCGCCACCAAAUUCGGCAACCUACACCUACCCUGACUUUGCCAUCGGGAUCGGACAGUUUUUCGCAGUACUUCCUCUCCUGCCCAUACCAGUGAUGAUGAUUUGGGAACUCAUUCGAUCGAAAGGGACACUUGUCCAGAGAAUUAAGAAUCUUGCUCGACCGGACUCUGACUGGGGACCCAACAGCAAACGCCACUGGCAGACAUACAAAAUGUAUGAAUACAAAGGCGGACUGAUAAAUAGAAUUAAAGUCAAUCUGCUGGGAGACAAUCACCGAUAACUGUUAAUGUUUUAAUAUGAAAAUCAACAGAGGACAUGCCUGAUUUACUAAAUAAUAUAUAUAUAUAUAUAUAUACGGAUGUAUAUUUAAUUGCUGUUAUAAAAUUUAGAAAUUCAUUUCAAAAUUAAGGAUUAUCUCCCUCAUGCAUAGCUCUUAUCCUUGGACGAAUUUGGCUCCACUUUUUUGGCACGCUGUUUUUGGCUAUAUUUAGCUCCAAAACUUCAUAGUUAUUUCGGAUUUCAAACAUUUCGGUUGAGCAUCACUGAAGAGACAUUAUUUGUCGAAAUGCACAUCUGGUGCAUCAAAAUUGGUACCGUAUAAGUUUUACAUAUAUACAUAAUAACCAUCUAGUAAAUUUAAAAAAAUAAGAUAAAGAAAGUGACAGUAUUCAUAAGUCUAACCGUCUGUUUAAUGAAACAUAUUGACCCUAAAAGCUAUUUCUUUCCCCAAAUUUCGAAACCUUAACUUCAAUUCAUUCAAUAUACUAUCAAAACAAUGGAAGGCGGAUCAGCCGAUAUAUAUAUCUUGCUUGGCAUGCAGAAGUAACUUACGUUGUUUGUAAAAGUAACUAAAUUUGCAUACAUGUAAAAAUGAACGUUGUCAAAAAAACUGGCGGCAGCUACAAACUCGUAUUUAAAGAAAGAAUACAAUAUAUUUUAGAUUUAGAUAUGUAAUAUAUGUUGUAUAUAUUCGACAAAAUUGGAAAAGAUAGAUUUCCAUUUUAUAAAAUGUAUAAUUUCCAGAGUUACAAAGGAGGAACACUUUAUAAAAUUGUUUAAUCCCAAACUUAAUAGAAAAUAACUGUAAAAUUGAAACUACAUUUAACCGAACUCUAUAAUUGAUUUCCAAGUAUUGUCUAAUAUUGUGUGUAUUAUACCGCUACCAGUGUAAUUUAUUAUGACGUCACAAAGGACAAUUACUUACGUCAUGAUAUGUUGACGUUACUUAGCAAUAUUGUUUCAUUUUAUAACUGUCUGAAGAGGCAUUAAAGCCGAAAGCGCCAACAGUGAA